AUGACUCAGUCGACGCAGGCGCAAACAGGUUCAGAGGAGUCUCCCUUCGCCGGCCCUCUUCCAAAGCAGGCUUCUUCGAGUAAGCCCCCACUAAGACAACCGCCUGCAACCAGCAACAGCAGCCACAACUGCAGCAGCACUGGCUGUGAGGGAAGCAGCGGUGACUGCGGUAGCAGCAGCAGUAGCCGACAUGUAACUCGUCAAGUUCUCGUAGGUGUUCGCUUCCGUCCUGUGGCGGUAUCCCCCAUCUCAUCCCGCCGUGGGGUCUCACCUAGUGCGGUCUCAACUGGAGUACCCCCAGGGGGUUCCGCAGGGGCUCCUCCAGGACCCUCUCCUGGGACAUCCCCAACACUAAAGCACAUAACAAACCCACAGCCUGUCUCUGGCGCCUCUGGAGCCUCUCAAAGUGCCGAAGGAUCGUCUGGAGAGGGCGGCGGGGUGCUCUCCUCCACCUCCUCUCUAGCGAGUCUUUGUGAGGGUGCUCCUGGGAGCCUAUCUUGCAGCGUCAGAAGGCCCCCAUGGGCUAGGCGAGGCCCUACAGAUGCUGACUGGGCCCUCAGGGAAGAGGAAGCCGACGGCUGGGUGCUGGCAGCUCCGUGGGCUCUGGAUUUGGGGCCCCGGCGAGGGCCCCCACAAGACGGGGGCCCUUUGUGUGGGGUAGGGAGGCAAGGGGGGGCCCAAAGAGUAUGGGACGGAUUCAAAGAUGUCUGUUUCGAGGCAGACUGCGUCUUCCCUCCACAGGCAUCCAACGCCGAAGUUUAUGCCCAACUGGUUAAGGGCCUCGUUGCUGCUGCACUGGGCGGCCUCAACGCAGCCGUCCUGGCCUACGGGCAGACGGCGAGCGGCAAAACACACACAAUGUUUGGCGGGGCCCCUCACAGAGGUUCCGCAAGAGGGGGCCCACAGAAGGGGCCCCAGAGGGUCGGCGAGAAGGGGAUUGUAGAGUUAGCACUGAAAGACAUUUUCAGGGAGAGAGACCAGAGAGCAGCAAGUGACCCCUUCUCAGUGUCCCUGUCCAUGCUUGAGGUCUACCAGGAAACUGUCACGGAUUUGCUGCAGGGAGCUGCAGCGGGGAACUCGGGAGGCCCUGCUGCGGGGGGAGCCUGCGACGCAAGGCAAAAGAGGCCCAUUGCACUAUGUGAGAGAGCCGAUGGAACUCUUGACAUGGGCUCUUUGUCCUGCCGUCCCGUGUCUUGCCUGGCAGAGGCGCUUUCUCUGGUGCAGAAGGGAGAGCAGCAGAGGCACGCAGCAGAAACAACAGCAAAUGCGCGCUCAUCUCGUUCCCACGCUGUUCUUCGCAUUGUUUUGUCACCAGCACCAGCAACAACGGCAACGACACCUGCGGCUACAGCAGCAGCAGCAGCAGGGACCGAAGCAGCUGUCAUUGGGGGUUCUAGUGAGGAAGGCACCUCAGCGGACAGCAGCGGCUCGGGCUUUUCGUCCCGAGUCCACCGGCGUGCGUCUGUCUUCAGUUUGGUGGAUUUGGCAGGCUCAGAGGGGGCAGGGGGAGCGCAAGGAAACAGUGCUACUCAAAGAGAAGGUGGCAGCAUCAACCGCAGCCUCCUCGCCCUGUCAAAGGUAGUAAAGGCCCUCACCCAGCAGCAGCAGCAGCAGCAGAAACAGCAGCAGCCCAAGCAGGACGCGGCCCUUAUUACCCCGAGUGGCGAGGCCGAAGGAGUUGUAGGAGGCUCCGGUUCGCUGGCCCCUGGGGCCCCCCGACGGCAAGCGCCCGUGUACUUGGGCUUGCGGGAGUCCAAGCUAACCCGCCUGUUGAGUGACUGCUUAGGGGGCCCCUGCAGGACUUCGGUCAUAUGUCUUUGUGCGCCUGGAGCCACCUUCUACAGGCAGACAGCUGCCACCCUUGCCUUUGCUAGGAGGGCCCGCAAGCUGCCUCCAGCGCCAGAGAUCCCGGGGUCCCAAGGGGCCCAAAAGUCCAAAAAAUUGCGCGUUCGGGCCCCAGAUUCGGACGCUGCGGCCCCACAAGCAGCAGCACCAGCCCCUGGGGCUCCUGCAGGGGCUGGCUCAGGCAACCUUUCUUCAGAUAGCCUUCGGGAUGGAGCUCAAGGAGCCCCCCAAGGGACUUCUUCUGGGGGCCUCCCCAGACCAUUUGUGUACAUACCAACCGGCUGUCUUCAGUGCCGUGCCCUCUACAAGGCGCUCCAGGAAACAAGAGAGGAGUUGGCUUGCCAGGCUGUGCAACUAAGACAGCUGCGGUACGUCAUCAGCAGGGGCCUUCCUGCUGCUGCUGCUGCUGCGUCUGUUCCAGCUAGCAGCAGCGCAAGCAGCAGCAGCAGCGGCAGUGGGAGGGGAGACACAGCAAACAUUGAAAGCACGCCGAGAAGGCAUGCAGUGGGAGACAAGGGCUUGGAGGGAGGACUCCAAGGGGGGCCAAAGGGUCCUACUGUUCAUAGUAAAGAAAAUGAAACACCGACAAGGCAACCUGCCGUAACAAACUACGGCGGGGGUGUUUGUUACAAACCUCCCAACGAAGCCUCUGUGGGGACCCCUGUUGUGUCUCGGGGCCCCUUUGUGGGCCCUCUUUCGCCCGACAAGCCCUCGUAA